CACGCCGGAACGACGCCCUUCUCGGUGGCGAGCGGGAGGAAGAGUCCCGGUCCCGGAGGGCGGGGUUUGCAGCAGCCGGGGUCGUCAUGGCUACCGAGCCCGAGACCCCUGUGGCAGCCUUGGCUGCGAAGCCCGCGGUGCCAUCGCUUGUGGAUCGUUACUUCACUCGCUGGUACAAAGCGGAUGUCAAAGGAAAACCCUGUGAGGACCACUGUAUACUACAGCAUUCUAACCGAAUAUGUGUCAUCACACUGGCAGGAUCUCAUCCAGUUCUUCAAAGUGGAAAAACAAUUAAAAGCAUUUCUUAUCAAAUCAGUACCAACUGUAGCAGACUUCAGAACAAAGUCUCUGGGAAAUUUAAGCGGGGGGCACAGUUUCUAACAGAACUUGCACCUCUGUGUAAGAUUUACUGCUCAGAUGGAGAAGAAUACACCAUAUCUAGCUGUGUUAGAGGACGGUUGAUGGAAGUGAAUGAAAACAUUCUCCAUAAGCCAUCUCUUCUUCAAGAGAAGCCAUCCACUGAAGGCUACAUUGCAGUUGUGCUGCCCAAAUUUGAAGAAAGUAAAAGCAUAACAGAAGGGUUACUGACACAAAAACAGUAUGAAGAAGUCGUGUUGAAACGCAUCAGUGCCACAACAGCUACCUCUUGAGUCCUGAGCUGGAGUAAAAAGCAGCCCAGCAUUCUUCUCCUUACCUGUACUACCAGCUGGUGCACUAAGGAAGAAUCAGCAUAGGUGAAGCAUACUUCACACCCGGCCAUUCGCAGGGAGGCCUGAUCUUAAAACCUGAUCUAGUUUUCUUCUUUGUCUUGCAUAAGAACCUUGAUUCCAUAUUGUCUUCAACCUCCCAGAUCUACCUGCCUGUGUACUCACUCUGUUCUUGUUUUGCUUUUUCUCUUUUUAUCAUCCUGUAACCCAUUAGUAAAUACUAGGUUUUGACAUAAUUCUGUUUGAAUGUUAUGGCAUGGUUAUUGUUUUUGCCUCAAUUUUCCAUCACUUUGAACUUGAGAAACAACUGGCCUCUCUUACCCAAUCUGCUUCAGUGUGACACCACCGAAACAUCUGGUCACAACCCUUUGUCCCAACUCCUCCCCCUUAGGUUGCCGGGAAGAGGCAGGGUGUAGAGUGUACCUUCUCUGUUCCUAUGGGUUGGCCUUCAUCUCUAAACAAUGUAGCAGUGUAACACUGUGGCUUCUUAAUGAGGUACACAUGAAAAGGCUUUGAAAGGGGCUUUGCUAACAUGAAAGUAUUAUAAUGUGAGGUUAAGUAACAUAUGCAUUUGUGGCCACUUAGCCUCACACUCUAGUUACAGGGUAACCAGCACAGAAGUUACUGUAAUUCAAAGACACAGAUGCCUUUGAACAGAACAAAAGCUUUCACAUUAUUUAAAAAAGAAAAAACUAUGACUUUAUGGUUUAAGAUUGUAUACUUGUUUACAUUGAAUUUCAAAUAAAAGGACUUUUAAAGUUGUUAUUUUUCCUUAAGGGCUGCAACACAUACAUACAUAUAAAUAUUUCUGUUUUUAAAUAAAACGAUUAUCCUUGAUGUGUAGAUUCUUUUGGUUCUCCAUCAUCUUGUGCUGUUGAAGUCAUAAGUUAUCUGUUUCCUAUCCCCACUUGCAUUUAAAUAAGAGACUAUUCUCAUUUCAGGUAUGUAAACUAUUUUGUAAAUA